GGGCUCGACUAUGUUGUGUUGUUAUUGGGUUCCUUCUUUUUCUCUUUUUCGCACUCGGGAACUCUCUGUCGCUUCGCAAUUUUCUUCCUUCUCUUUCGCCCCGAACCGAAAAAUAAGCUGCAUGGACGCCGCCGGCUUAGAUUCCGAUGGCCGCGAAUUCGACACCGCCGGCGAAAUGUGGAGGGAACAGGUGGGUGACCCUAGCAAGAAGACUCAGUGGUAUCGCGACGGCGUCUCCUAUUGGGAGGGUGUUACGGCAACGGUGGAUGGGGUGUUGGGAGGGUUUGCGAAUGUGAAUGAGCCUGACAUAAGUUGCAGUGAGGAUUUUUUGAACACUCUCUUAUCAGAACGUUUUUCUGCUGAUGCUAGACGCCAACCACUCGUUGCUCUUGAUUGUGGUUCUGGCAUUGGUAGAGUCACAAAAAAUCUGUUAAUAAGAUACUUCAAUGAGGUUGAUCUUCUGGAGCCAGUAUCACAUUUUUUAGAGACUGCACGUGAAACUUUGGGUCUGGGAUGUCCGACAAAUUCAGAUAUGCAUAAGGCUGUUAAUUUUUAUUGUGUUCCUCUUCAGGAUUUUACACCAGAUACUGGAAGAUAUGACGUAAUAUGGAUUCAAUGGUGUAUUGGUCAUCUUACAGAUGAUGAUUUUGUUUCAUUUUUCAAGAGAGCAAAGGAUGGCCUAAAACCAGGUGGAUUGUUUGUCCUGAAGGAGAAUAUUGCUAGAUCUGGAUUUGUGCUUGAUAAUGAAGACCGAAGCGUUACAAGAUCUGAUUUAUACUUCAAAGAGCUAUUUUCUCGAUGCGGAUUGCAUGUUUACAAAUCAAAGGAUCAGAAAGGAUUCCCAGAAGGAUUAUUUGCUGUGAAGAUGUAUGCAUUAACUACAGAGGCUCCAAAGAGGGCUCCCCGCACCAAAUCCAAAAUACCAACUAAAACUAAUAGACCUAGAACCAUUCAUUAAGUUAUUAUUAGAGUAGUUUCUCGAUCUUGUGCUCUUGAUUCUUGAAUAUUUAUUCAUCGUAAGCCUUUUUUUGUUUUUCAAUUGGGAGAUCCAUGUUGUAUAGUAAUUUGUGAUCUUGAUUAUUAAUUUGUUUGCCAUAAGACAUUAAUCGGAUAGUAUUUGAAAUGCAAUUUUCCGUUGUCUCAGCUA